GCGCCGAACUGCACGAAGGCGACAUCCUGGCGGUUCAGCCAAAGGCCCAGGAUGGGUGGCGAGAAGGACUUGACUCGCCAGAAGUGCCUUCCGAGGUACACGGGCGUAAGCGGCGGGAAUUGGCACCUGUCUCGCGUUGGUGGCAUGUUGGUGGGCGUCUCAGAAGAUAAGAAACAGCCGCGCCUGCUGCUCCUCAAUGAAAAGGAUGUUGGGAAGGAAGGAGUCCACCCACAAAUGGUUCCAGUCUGUGCUCAGGUUCCGGCUCCCAAAGCCGCUUUUUUCCAGAGAUGGGGGCGGAAAGCGAAGACGGCGAAGAGCGCAGACGUCCCCCUCAUUUGCACAGCCAAAAAUCCUGGAUGGAGCCAGCUGGUCGCCAGCCCAAGCGGCCGGGUGGGCUACGCGCUUCCUACCGAGGGCAGGCACAUCCUUGUUGUGAACAUGACUCAGACGCCGCUGCGAAUGUCAACGGUCAAAAUUGGCCGCAAUGCUCGGGCAGGUUGGAAGAAGUAUAUUCUGAACCCUCUAGCUUUCGGGGGAAUCGCGGCCACAAACUCCAAGCUCUACCUCGUCCCUGGCGGAGGCACUGUGUUCAUGUCCAUGGACGUCGCGGCAAAGAAUCCGAGCCUUUGA